CACAGGAACUGUGUUUCCUUGGUGUCCAUGCAGAUCCGGGAGCUUGUGCAACUAAAAUAUUUUCCUUCAGUUCUUAGAAACCAGAGAGUUGACAAGGUAACAACUCCUCCAUACUAGCUCUGUGGAGUGUAAACUUAGACACCAUGUGGAAACAGAAACAGAGGAGUCUUAUGGAUUCUUCUGCUCCUCUGAUUAUACUGCUAAUGUUGCUAAUGCUGUUGCAACUUCUGGCUGUAAUGGCAAUAGCCAGAGUGGAGAAUUUUACAAGAUCAGACUUCCCAGUUGACUUUAUCUUUGGUGCCGGCAGUUCAGCAUUUCAAGUAGAGGGGGCUGCCCGUGAAGAUGGAAGGACGCCUAGCAUUUGGGAUACCUUCGUUUAUGCCAAUAAGGGGCUUUCUCAUGGAGCCUCCGGAGACAUAGCUUGUGAUCAGUAUCACAAAUACAAGGAAGAUGUUCAACACAUGGUAGACACAGGUCUGGAGGCUUACAGAUUCUCUAUUUCCUGGUCAAGACUUAUUCCUGAUGGAAGAGGCCGUGUCAACCCCAAAGGUUUAGAAUAUUACAACAAUCUUAUUAAUGAACUCCUAAUGCAUGGAAUUCAGCCACAUGUCACGCUUUUUCACUUUGAUACCCCUCAAGUUCUUGAAGAUGAAUAUGGGGGAUGGCUCAGUCGGAAGAUAGUGAACGACUUUACCGCCUAUGCUGAUGUGUGCUUCAAGGAAUUUGGAGACAGGGUUCUGUAUUGGACUACCAUAAAUGAGGGUAAUAUAUUUUCCAUUUGUGGUUAUGAUAAUGGAAUCGGACCCCCAGGGCGCUGCUCUUUUCCAUUUGGACUGAACUGCUCUGAGGGUAAUUCCAUAACUGAGCCAUAUAUUGCUGGUCACAACAUGUUGCUGGCACAUUCAUCUGCUGUGAAGCUAUACUACAAAAAGCAUAAGGCGACUCAACGGGGUUUUGUGGGACUAAACAUCUAUGCUUCUUGGUUUUCUCCAUAUUCUAAUGCUACAGAAGAUAUAAUUGCAACUCAAAGAGCCAUUGAUUUUUACAUUGGUUGGUUUCUCCAUCCAAUGGUGUUUGGAGACUAUCCUGACAUCAUAAAGAAGAAUGCUGGCACAAAGAUUCCAGCACUUACUCCGAGUGAAUCUAGGCUACUUAAGGGCUCAUUUGACUUUAUAGGGCUGAACCAUUAUUCAACACUCUACGUCAAGGACAGUCCUAGCAGCCUUAAUAUGAAUAUCAGGGACAUAGUUGCUGAUAUGGGAUUAAGCGCUCUGGUUGAGCCAGAAGAUGCAUCAGAAAAUCAGAAUGAUGAUACAUCAUCCAGUCUAUCCGGAAUUCUGGAGUAUCUCAGGAAUGUAUAUGCCAAUCCACCUACUUAUGUCCAUGAAAAUGGUAAAGGAACUGAGCGCAAUGGAACACUAAACGACACAUCAAGGGUGAAAUAUAUGUAUUCAUAUAUCAGGACCUUGCUUGAUGCCAUAAAGUAAGCAUGUGCAACAUUGAAUUAGGGUCGCUUC